CAACCCAUCAACUGCAAUACGGUACAUCACCCGCUCCGUCCUCGCUGUUUAAGAAGCCUGAGGAGCAGACGGUGGCAGCAGCCGUGGGCGGUGCGCCGAUGCAGUCUGUUGAUACCUUGCAGGAAGCUCUGGCCGAGCUACACAACAUCCGUGGCAUUGCGGGAAAGCUGCAGGCGGGGUCAGGAGCUGUUGUGAGCAGCUGCAGUGGAGGUGGCGCGUGUGGCGCGGCUGCAGCCGGCGCGGGCGCUAAUCCGCGCUGGCCCAGUCAACCGUCGUCAACCAGGUCCGCCGCGCGGCGUUUCUUAAUCACCUGCAGCGCCUCACCGGCCUGCGCUUCCGCCUGGCGGAGAACACGCAGGGCCACUGGAGUUUGCAAACUGCCGACGUCUGAGCAGCGCUUGGUGGGCCCGCGUACCGCCGUUGGUAGCGUGCGUGGCAAGGGCCGCGGCGGCUAUGGUGCGCCGUGCGCGGUGCGCGACUUGCUUUGGAGGCGCACCACUUGCAUUGCCCGCUAUCGGUAGUUGAGUUGUGCAAUGGCGCGGCAUUGGCUGCAAGGCUGAGACGUGGGCUGAGAGACCGGGAUUGGUGGGGGUGGUGCGUGGGUGCUAGUAAGCACCGUAGUAGUUGCGGCGGCGUGGUGGGGGCGGACUUUCGCUGACUUUAAGCACGGCUGAGAGGCCUGGAGAGGCACGGAGAAGCCUGGAGAGUCUGGGAUGAUGUGACGUACCAGUGUACUGACGCGUAGGUGGGGCGUGUGCCGAAAGUUGGGUAAAAUGGGGGUAGCGUGGGGACGGACGGACUCUUGCUCCCUCGUUG